GGCAAUUUAGUGUAUGUGUGUGUGCUGAGAAAAGACAUUUUUUCUUCUUUUUUUUCAAACCACCCCUCUCACACAAUGCUCAGAAACGUUGCUCGUAUUGCUCGUCCUGCACUCACUCGUAGUGUUUUGCCUGCUGCUCGUCUCAACCUUGGUGCUGUCGCCACUGUUGCCCGUGCUUAUGCUUCUGCUAAGCCUUCUACUUCUGAAGUUUCUUCUAUCCUCGAACAACGUAUUUUGGGUGCUAACUCUGAAGUUGAUCUCCAAGAAACCGGUCGUGUCUUGUCUAUUGGUGAUGGUAUUGCUCGUGUUUACGGUUUGAAGAACUGUCAAGCUGAAGAAAUGGUUGAAUUCUCUAGCGGUCUUAAGGGUAUGGCCCUUAACUUGGAAGCUGAUAACGUCGGUAUUGUCGUUUUCGGUAACGAUCGUUUGAUCAAGGAAGGUGAUACCGUCAAGCGUACUGGUGCUAUCGUUGAUGUCCCUAUUGGUCCUGGUCUCCUCGGUCGUGUUGUCGAUGCUCUCGGUAACCCCAUUGAUGGUAAGGGUCCUCUUGACGCUGCUGGUCGUUCUCGUGUCCAAGUCAAGGCUCCUGGUAUCUUGCCUCGUCACUCUGUCAACGAACCUAUGCAAACUGGUAUCAAGUCUGUUGAUUCCAUGGUCCCCAUUGGUCGUGGUCAACGUGAAUUGAUCAUUGGUGAUCGUCAAACUGGUAAGACUGCUGUCGCUCUCGAUACCAUCUUGAACCAAAAGAACUGGAACAACGGUUCUGAUGAAGCCAAGAAGUUGUACUGUAUCUAUGUCGCUGUCGGUCAAAAGCGUUCUACUGUUGCUCAACUUGUCAGAACUCUUGAAGAAAACGAUGCCAUGAAGUACACUAUUGUUGUUGCUGCUACUGCUUCUGAAGCUGCUCCUCUUCAAUACCUUGCUCCUUUCUCUGGUGCUGCUAUUGGUGAAUGGUUCCGUGACAACGGUCGUCACUCCUUGAUCAUCUAUGACGAUUUGUCCAAGCAAGCUGUUGCUUACCGUCAAAUGUCUCUCUUGCUUCGUCGUCCUCCUGGUCGUGAAGCUUACCCUGGUGAUGUCUUCUAUCUUCACUCUCGUCUUUUGGAACGUGCUGCCAAGAUGAACAAGAGCUUCGGUUAUGGUUCCAUGACUGCUCUUCCCAUCAUUGAAACCCAAGGUGGUGAUGUCUCUGCCUAUAUCCCCACUAACGUUAUUUCCAUUACUGAUGGUCAAAUCUUCUUGGAAGCCGAACUUUUCUUCAAGGGUAUCCGUCCUGCCAUUAACGUCGGUCUUUCCGUCUCUCGUGUCGGUUCCGCUGCUCAAACCAAGGCCAUGAAGCAAGUUGCUGGUUCCAUGAAGCUCUUCUUGGCUCAAUACCGUGAAGUUGCUGCUUUCGCCCAAUUCGGUUCUGAUUUGGAUGCCUCCACUCAAUUCUUGUUGAACCGUGGUGCUCGUCUCACUGAAUUGUUGAAGCAACCUCAAUACACUCCCUUGUCUAUCCAAGCUCAAGUUCCCAUCAUCUUUGCUGGUGUUAACGGUUACCUCGAUAAGAUCCCUGUGAACAAGGUUGUUGAUUGGGAAAAGGAUUUCAUCAGCCACGUUGCUACUCAACACAGUGAUGUCCUUGAAGAAAUCCGUACCAAGGGUGUUCUCUCCAAGGAACUCGAAGCUAAGCUCCGUGAUGUCUGUGAUAACCACGCUAAGGGUUUCUACUAAAUUU